UAGCAGACAAACUUAGUAAUUACAAAACAGAGCGAAAACUCGAGAUGUGGUUGUGAGUUGUAAACAGGAAUAUUAUCGCGUUGGAAGAACAGAGUCUAAAAUUCACCACUUUUCUUUAUAAUCAACACCUGACGUCAUGAAAAUAGUAGUGGGCGGCGGAUCUGGUUUUGUCGGGAGAACAUUGACGCAGCUUUUAAGAAACAGGGGUCACGAUGUCACAGUGAUCUCACGCCAGCCCGGACCCGGGCGCAUUACAUGGGAUGAGUUGUCAUCAAAAGGCCUCCCACCAUGUGAUGGCGCUGUGAACCUGGCAGGGGAGAAUGUCCUGAACCCUUUGCGAUGGUGGAACGAAGAAUACAAAAAGGACUUGUUCUCAAGUAGAAUCAGCACUACAAGGACAUUAGUUGAAGCGAUAGCCGCUGCUGAAAAGCCACCUCAAUCCUGGGUCCUUGUAACUGGAGUAGGUUAUUACAAGCCCAGUCAGACAGCUGAAUACACAGAGAUGAGUGAGGGCGGGGAUUUUGAUUUGCUGUCCCGUCUCGUGAUGGAGUGGGAAGCUGCAGGCAGAUUGCCGGGAGACAAGGCCACAGGGACGCGGCAGGUCGUGGUGAGAGCUGGUGCGGUUCUUGGCAAAGACGGAGGUGCCAUUCAGCAAAUGAUCUGGCCCUUCUGGCUCGGACUCGGUGGUACCCUUGGUUCCGGCUGCCAGCCUUUCCCGUGGAUUCACGUGGCUGAUGUGGCCGGCAUCAUCACCCAUGCUUUAGAGUCUGGCACUGGCAUGGUCAGCGGUGUAUUGAAUGGCGUGGCACCAGCUGAUGAUACAAACGCCACCUUCACCAAGGCCCUGGGCUCAGCUCUCAGACGCCCGACGCUUUUCCCGGUGCCAGCCUUCGUGGUCACUACCCUCCUGGGCAGCGAGCGAGCGGUCAUCUUGCUCCAGGGACAGAGGGUCAUACCAAAACGGACACUGGAGUCAGGCUAUGUGUUUAAGUAUCCAGAUCUGCAGUCCGCGUUGAAGAAUAUCGUGUCUUAAAAAUUAAAAACCAUACUUAAUAAA